UUGUCAGUAUACUAAAGUUAAAAAAAAGUCAUUUAAGGGCUUCUGCGAGGUUAAAUCAAAGAGCCCUACAUGUAGAAAAAAAGUUAAAGUAAAUAGAAAGUGUUAAAUAAAUGUACAGUAGAGCCGUUUACCAAAACAAUCUGUGCGGAGAGACACAUGCAGCAGCUCCACUGGCUGUCCCGCCACUGACAGUAAAGCGGGUAACCAGAUAUUCAAAAACAAUACGUCAUCCCACAAUGCCCCGCGCUUACGCUCUCCUUCACAGCAUUACCGCAUCCCACAAUACACCGCGAGAUUAAGAAUCUUCUGGGUGGUCGUCUAGGCAACGCGCCUUAUCGGAGGGCAGGGCCCCGCCCCCUCGACACGCCCACCAGCCAAUGGGAGAGCCCCGUCAUGACAUCAUGGCUAUUUUUAGAGAGGCAGCGGCAGCAGAUAAGGUUUGCCUCCACGCUGUACGGCUCAGAGUAUACACACAGCCCGGCGGAGCAGACACCGCACAGCAGAGGAGUCUGUUCAUUCACUGGAUACUUUGUGAACUGUUACAAGUCCACCAUCGCUGCUGACUUAAAGAAGUAAGUCUUGAUUCCUGUCAAGCAGUUGGAAGUUUUUACCGGACAGAGAGGACGUUUGGAAACAAGGAAGAACCGAGAGAAAGAGGACAAAAAAGUUGUUUAAAAGACUUUGUAGCUACGUUGGUUUUUUCUUCCAUGUAUACCAAGAUGGAAACUACUUUCUAUGACGACUCACUCAACGCUUUCUCCCAGCAAGACAACGCCGGCUUCGGAUACAGCAACCCCAAAGUGCUGAAACACAACAUGACCCUGAACCUGACGGACCCGUCGGGCUCCCUGAAGCCUCACCUCCGCGCCAAAGCCAGCGACAUCCUCACCUCUCCCGACGUGGGUUUGCUGAAGCUGGCCUCUCCGGAGCUGGAGCGGCUCAUCAUCCAGUCUAGUAACGGGCUCAUCACCACCACGCCGACCCCGACCCAGUUCAUGUGUCCGAAGAAUGUCACCGACGAGCAGGAGGGCUUCGCCGAGGGGUUCGUCCGAGCCCUGGCGGAGCUCCACCACCAGCACAUGCCGGGCACGACCAGUGUGAGCGUCACCUCGGCUCCUCAGAGUGUCAACACUGCCCUGCCGCCUGUGUCAUCCGUUGCCGGCGCUACAGUUUACAACAACAACGCAACCAUGCGCUCCGACUCGCCGGUUUACGAGGACUUGAACACUUUCCACCCGGCCAUCAGCACCGUCUCUGCGCCCAGCUACACCACCUCAGCCCCGACUAUGUCCUUCUCUGCUGCCCCGCCGCAGCUCCCCCUCUACGGGCAGCCAUCCUCCGGCCAGCUCCCCCGGCUAUCUGCGCUCAAAGAGGAGCCCCAAACCGUGCCUGAGAUGCCGGGGGAGACGCCUCCUCUCUCCCCGAUCGACAUGGAGAGCCAGGAGCGCAUCAAGGCCGAGAGAAAGCGGAUGAGGAACCGCAUCGCUGCCUCCAAGUGCCGGAAGAGGAAGCUGGAGCGCAUCUCGAGGCUGGAGGAUAAAGUGAAGAACCUCAAGUCCCAGAACUCGGAGCUCGCGUCCACCGCCAACAUGUUGCGUGAACAGGUGGCCCAGCUGAAGCAGAAGGUGAUGAACCACGUCAACAGCGGGUGCCAGCUCAUGUUAACGCAGCAGCUCCAGACCUUCUGAGGCGGCGUCCCUGCAGAGAGAAACAGACUGUUAGUUGAACGAAACGGACGCAUCCUGUGAUAGUGAGUGGCUGUAUCUCCCGAAAAUCUUGAGGGGAUUUGGGAUGAUGUGGCGCGACACUGGCAGGACCGGGGGCCGCACUAAAGUUCCUGAGUGCCACGCGUUCCCCCGGUGGCGCGUCCCAGAGAGGGGCUCGGGACAGUGACAGUAGCCGUGACCCAGAGGGGGGCAUGGCACCUAGCAGGAUACCUUUGUUUCUGUUUCGUGCUGUUAUUUUUUACAGAACUGGACAGGACUGAAGUUUUCUUGAUUUACACCCAGCUCUGCAUGGACCUUAUCAUCACCAUCAAAAGGAGAAAUUCAGUAUUAGGGGAUUUAAGAACCUGCAAUAGAGACUUUUCUUG